CUGUAGAGUAACAUGAUACUCCCGUGGCUAAACAAGUUUAUUAUUCGGUCACUUUUCUUCCUGUCUCCCCUCGUCCGCAUGGUUCUUUCUGUACGCGGAUAUUGUUACAAUCAGUGCUGAAGGCUGAAACCAGCAGCGAGCUCUCAGCUGCUCGCAGUCCGGCUUAGUCCUGCGCUGGCGACGCUGAACUGUCGGCUGCAACUGCGAGAAAGUUUAGGUGAUUUUGUUCCUGCUUUCCCUUUGUUGAAGAUGACCUAACUUCGAAAGAGCCUCUGCUGGCCAGGGAUCAGCUGAAGUGUGACAGACACCCUCCUACCUCCACCACCACCACUGCCAUCAGCACUUAAGGGCUCCACUGCAGAUGGGAGGUCACCAACCGGUCGUCUGUUUCGCCCAAAUGCACUAUCUAGCCUUCACCCUCAUCUAAAAUGGCUGCCCGUGGCCUUCAACUGCAUCCGAACAGACUGGAUCAGAGCUGCGUGUUACCAUGGUGAUCAUUUUCUUGAAAACACUGGAAAAGAAGAAGGCUGUCAAUGAUGUAAGGUCCAAGAGCAGCGAGAGACGGCUGCGUGAGCUCCACACCAUGAGCAGAGGGACCACCCUCUUCUCCUGUGGAACUGUGGAGGCAGAUAGGUGGCUGGACCUGGGGCAGAGCUGUGCCAUCCAGCAGAGAGCUCCCUGCCAGUCUGGUGCCAGUCUGGAGAGCCUGUGGGAUGUGAUGCCUGAGCCGGGGAACUGGCACUGGGCCAGCUCGCCAGGCAGCGCCACAGCAAUCACCACGCUGAUAAGAGAUCUCAGCCUCGGCGGCGGUGGCGUGACCACCUCCCACUCCUCCCACACCACAUCCACCACUGAUCCCUACACCACUACAGCCACCAGCCAAGCUCCUACGGCACCCCCGAGCAAACGUCAGUGUCGCUCCCUGUCGUUCUCUGAUGAAUUCAGUGGGUUCCGCUCAUCUUGGAGGCCCCAAGGCUCCCGAGUGUGGACAACGGUGGAGAAACGAAGGUGCCACAGUGGAGGAAGUGUGCGAGGAGGAGGGGGUUUCUCCAGCGGUCAUUUUCCUGCCAUGCAGCGUAGCUCCAGCUUGAGUUUGCCCUCAAGCUCCAGCAUGCCCUCAGAUGGAGCCGUGGACAUGCCGCUCUUCACCCAGCGUAUGCCUCUCCACCCUCAAUUCACUGCCUCUCCAGUCUCGCCUACCUCUCCUUCCUCGCAUCAUCACCACUCCCUCCAUCACCACUUCCUCAGGCCCCUCUCCCUCUCCCACGAGCAGAUCAGCCUGCCAGAGCUCCAGAGGGAGGAGGCGUCGGAGGCCAGCUCUCCUGACUCCACCCCAGAAUUGGGGAGGAGGGCCGGCCUGAGAGCAAGGGGCAUGGGGUGUCUGUCUCGAAGCAAGUCCCAGCCCUGCGUGCUGAAUGACAAAAAGAUUGGUAUGAAGCGCAGGAGGCCAGAAGAUUCCCAGGAGCAGCGGCCCUCUUUGGACCUGGCAAAGAUGACUCAGAAACUUCAGACCUUUCAGAGUUUGAGCUGCCCCGGAUUCUCAGCCACCGACAGCUGCCAAUCAAGCCUGCCCCCUCCCACCUCCAGCCAACCAGAUUCAGACUUCACUGCUGUGUCAGAGCUGGGACCGGAUUCAGUGGCAGGAGAUGACGAGGAAGAAGAUUCAUCCUACGAGGAGCUGGACAGCGACUCGGCUUGUAGCGUGGACUCGCGGCCUGGCUCGCCUGUAGUCAUCGUGGGCGGUAAACACACCCUCUGGAAGGGUGAUUGUGGGACACAGAGGGACAUUUUCCAGCUUGGGGGAGAGCUGGAUCUUGACCAGAUUGAGAGAAACUGAACAUUUUUAUAGGAGAUUUUAAAAGACCUUGUCUGGACUGUUGUAGAAAGUUAUUGGACAUUGAUGAUGUACCAAGAGGUGGAUAUUAAGAAGGGCUGUGAGGAAAAGAGUAGAGGAAGUGACUUUGAAAGGGAAAUACAAGGAAAGUGAUAUAGAUGAUAAAGGAUUAAGUAUGUUAUUAACGGCUGCCUUUUCAAUGACAUGUUUGCCUUGAACAUUCGUACUGUUUGAAUCAAAAAGCAGUGACCUUAGUUUUGUUUAUUGGGUAUUCAGCUUAACUCAGGAGUAGGAAAGUGAGGGUUAGUCUUAAAAACAAAACAAAACAACAACCUCCCAGCCCCAAAUGUGUUUUCAACCUGAUGACCUUUCCAAAGUCGGCUAACCAUAGGUUUGUAGUACUGUAGCAGUAGCUGGGCUCUCCUGUAUUUAGCUCGAGUUUGUUUGUUUUUCAGAGAAAGUGGGGGCGUCAAGGAUGGGGUGAAACAGGGAGAGGUAAACAACAGGAGGAAGUAGCUUCUCAGACUUACCCUUGACCUUCGUCUUUGUCUUUUGUGCACACAUGAAAAUCUGAUUUUGUUUUUUUUGCUGAAUGUCUGCUCAAUAAGCUUUAUGAGGAGUUCGGAAAAUGACAGUGCCUUCUUUUUAGAUGCUUGCUCUACGGGUUCUCUAGCCUCAAUCGAAGCCACCUUUUCUGACCUAUUUUGUAGUUUCUUGAUAUGCAAAUUGUAUAUUUGAAUUAAACACUGAAUCUCAAGUUUUCAGUUCUAAUAUCAAUGUAUAUUUUUCUAAGUAACUGUGUUUUAUGAGCUGUUUGUGAAGGAGCACGAAUACAAGGCCUUUCUCCUAACAGAAUGGACAUGAAAUAAAUGUACAACCUGCACUCA